UUGUAUCAUUUUCAGGCAAACGUAUGUGCUGAAAUUAUCCUAGUACAAAUAAAAGAAGUAAAUAUUUUGCGUAUCAGUGGAAUUUGUAAUUGUAAAAUAGAAAACACUUCUAUUACUAAAAAACUUCGAAAUAUCAUUAAUUACGAAAAGUUUUGGCUCAAAAGAGAAAAUUUCCUCGCGGAUAAAGUAUCUUAUUUUCCUCCAAAUUUCCAUCAGACAUAAAUUUUCUUUGAACAUUUAAAGUUUGGUGAAAUCUCGUAGGAAUUAUUGAGACAGUGAAGGCCAUAACAACAACAAAUAAUGGCAGCAUUACCACGACGAAUUAUCAAAGAGACUCAACGUUUGAUGCAAGAACCUGUACCAGGAAUUAGUGCUGUACCAGAUGAAUCAAAUGCCAGAUAUUUCCAUGUCAUUGUCACCGGUCCAGAAGAUUCUCCUUUUGAGGGUGGUCUUUUUAAAUUAGAACUCUUUCUGCCAGAAGAUUAUCCCAUGUCUGCUCCAAAAGUACGAUUCAUCACGAAGAUCUAUCAUCCAAAUAUUGAUAGGCUUGGCAGAAUAUGUUUAGAUAUUCUUAAAGACAAGUGGAGUCCAGCAUUGCAGAUACGUACAGUCUUGCUUUCAAUACAAGCCUUAUUAAGUGCCCCUAAUCCUGACGAUCCUUUGGCGAACGACGUUGCUGAGUUGUGGAAAGUGAAUGAGGUUGAAGCAAUACGAAAUGCAAAAGAAUGGACUCAACGUUACGCAAUGGAGGGCAACUAA